UUUUUUUUUAAACUUUAUACAGAUAUCAAACUUCACUGCUGUUCUGAGUGUGGGAAACUCUUUCCUGACAUGAGUAAACUUCAGAGCCACCAAAGACUUCACACAGGGCAGAAACCGUAUUGCUGCCAUGAAUGUGGAAAACAAUUCUCUUACAGUAGUAAUCUUCAGAAACACAUCAAAACUCACUUAGGAGAGAAGGCAUAUUGCUGCUAUGAAUGUGGCAAAACGUUUUCAUGUAGAGACAAUCUUGAGUGCCACAAAAGAAUUCACAAAGGGGAGAAACCGUAUUGUUGCCGUGAAUGUGGAAAACAAUUCUCUUCCCGCAGUAAUCUUCAGGCACACGUUAAAACUCACAUAGGAGAGAAGCCGUAUUGCUGCUCUGAAUGUGGCAAAAAGUUUGCACGGAGAAGCCAUCUUCAGAGCCACCAAAGUAUUCACACAGGGGAGAAGCCAUAUUCCUGUGCUGAAUGUGGUAAACGGUAUUCAGAUAGAAGCCACCUUUGGCGCCAUAAAAGAAUCCACACAGGACAGAAGCCAUAUUGCUGUUUUGAAUGUGGCAACAAGUUUUCACGGAAAAGCAAUCUUCAGAGCCACCAAAGAAUUCACACAGGGGAGAAGCCAUAUGACUGUUCUGAAUGUGGAAAACUGUUUUCUGUCAUGAGUUAUCUUCAGAGUCACAAAAGAAUUCACACAGGAGAGAAGCCGUAUUGCUGCCCUGAAUGUGGAAAACAAUUCUCUUGCCAUCGUUAUCUAAAGAGACAUAUUAAAACUCACACAGGAGAGAAGCCAUAUUGCUGUUCCGAAUGUGGCAAAAAGUUUUCACGGAGAGGCGAUCUUCAGAGCCACCAAAUUCUUCACACAGGGGAGAAACCAUAUUGCUGCCAUGAAUGUGGAAAACAAUUCUCUUGCCAUAGUAAUCUUCAGGCACACAUUAAAACUCACUCAGGAGAGAAGCCGUACUGCUGCUCUGAAUGUGGCAAAAAGUUUUCACGGAGAAGCCAUCUUCAGAGUCACCAAAGAAUUCACUCCGGGGCAAAGCCAUAGUCCUGUGCUGAAUGUGGUAAACAAUUCUCUCUCGAAAAUGAUCUUCAAAGACACUUCAAAACUCACACAGGAGAGAAGCUGUAUUUCUAUUUUGAAUGUGGCAAAAAAAGUUCACAGAGAAGCUGUCUUCAGAGCCACCAAAGAAUUCACACAAGAGAGAAAAAAAAAUGACAAACUCCCCCACCAACCUUGUCCACAAAUGAACACAGUACAACAUGCUGAGCAGAAGAAGUAGGAAUUCAAAUAAAUUGAUGAAAACACUAAACAACAAAUUGGGGGAACCACAAGCAAAGUGGUAAGUAUGCUGCCCCCAUCCAACAGCCUCACUAGGACACAGAAUUUACCCAUGCAUGGCUUAUGAGGGGCUAACUACGACCUAAAGGUGAAUGCCUGAUCAUAGCUACACAAAACAGUGGCUCAGAUCAUAAAUAGAAAAAAUAUUGCAAAAAAUAACCAAUAAUUGUUGUUUCUGCCAAAGAGAACUAGAAACAGUCACACAUUUCAUUGCCGGGUGUGAGGUACUGAUUGCUGAAGGAUUAUAUACACUGCACAACACCACAAAGUGGCCAGGCUCAUUCACUGGAAACUUGGCAAAAGGUACAACUUACCAGCACCAGAAAGACACUGGGACCACAACUACUCAGACAGCACAAUGGAAAAUGAGGAGGUGCAGGUCACUUGUAGCACAGCAAUACUGACUGACUAAAAAAUAGAGGCCAGAAAAUCAGAUGUAAUAAUCAAAGAAAGCCAGUAUUAGUUCCUAGUGAGUACUCAGUCCUAAGAAUGGAGAGGCGAAAAAGUAACACAUACCAAGAAAUGCCAUCUGAGAUAUGCCAAAUGAAAUGUGGGACCAAAAAAAAAACAAAAGUUCCUUUUGUUCUGGAAUCAACAGGACUAAUUAAGAAAAACUUUCAACCGCAUCUUGACAAAUUACAAUAACUCCUUAUGACCGGCAGAAAGAAGCCUUAGUAGGAACAAUGCAGGUUUUACACUGCGCCAUCGUGACUCAAGGUUUGUAAGUAGGGGACUAUCUGUUGUAGUAUUUUAAAGUCAAUUCUAAAUGACACAAGUAACCAAUGUAACAACGCUAAAACUGGUGAAAUGUGCUCAGAUUUUCUUUUUCUAGUUAAGAUUCUUGCUGCAGCAUUCUACACUAACUGAUUGAUGGCUUUCUUAGGUAGUCCUCUAAGGAGUACAUUACAGUAAAUUAUUUGACUGAAAACAAACGCGUGACUAAUUUUUCAGCGUCAUGUAAAGGUCUACUUUAGUUAUGUUCCUUAAGUGGAAAAAGCAGUCCUAGUAAUCUGAUUAAUAUGUGAUUUAAAGUUUAGGUCAGAGUCGGUGAUUACCCUUAAAUUCUUUACCUCCUUCACUUUUAAGCCUAAGGGAUUGAGUUUAUUUUUAAUGCCCUCACUAGUCCAGUCUUGUUUUUCUAAAAACUAAAAUUUCUGUGUUAGUUAGUCUGAGAAAGUUACUACUCAUCCAUUCGUACAAAUAAUACAUAGGAUCACAAAAGAAUUCACACAGGAGAAGGCGUAUUACUGCUGUCAAUGUGGCAAACAGUUUUCACAAAGAAACAUCCUUUUGAGUCCCAAAAGAAUUUGAACAGGGAGAAGCAGUUUGGCUGUACAGUAAUCCCUCACUUAUCGCGGGAGAUAGGUUCCAAGGCCGACCGCAAUAACUGAAUUUCCGCGAAGUAGGGACACCAUAUUUAUUUAAUUAUUUAACGUGUAUUUGGAUGUUUUUAAACCCUCCCUGUAUUGUUUACAACCCACCCUUUACUCUAUUAAU